AUGCAUCCAGCGUUCGAGAAUGCCGGUACCGGCAAGGGGCUGGAAGUGUGGAGAAUUGAGAACUUCGAACCUGUCCCAGUGCCAGCUAAGGAGUACGGGAAAUUCUACACCGGUGAUUCCUACAUCGUCCUCAACACGAAGGAAUCGAAAAGUGGCGUACUAUCGUGGGACGUACACUUUUGGCUCGGAUCGGAAACCUCCCAGGACGAGGCGGGUUCGGCAGCGAUACUAACCGUGCAGCUGGACGAUCGCCACAACGGCGCACCGGUGCAACAUCGUGAGGUUCAGGAUCACGAAAGCUCACUAUUUCUGAGCUACUUCUCUGGAGGUGUGCGCUAUGCAGCGGGUGGCGUUAAGAGUGGCUUUAACGAGGUCGAAACGAAUGCCGCCGGUGAGAAGCGGUUGUUCCAGGUGAAGGGUGCCAAAAGCGUGCGCGUUCGUCAGGUACCGCUGACGGUUGGUUCCAUGAACAAGGGCGACUGCUUCAUUCUGGAUGCCGGUUUCGAUAUCUACGUGUAUGUCGGAGUCGCUGCGAAGCGGGUGGAGAAAAUUAAGGCCAUCGGUGCAGCCGGUCAGAUACGCGAUCAAGAUCAUGCGGGUCGGGCUAACGUGCACAUCUUGGAUGAGUUUGCCAGCGCGUCGGAGCAGCAGCAGUUCUUCGACGUUCUUGGAGAAGGUUCACCUGAUGACGUUGCGGACGAAUCGGAAUCUGAUGAAGCGUUCGAGCGGUCCGAUAGCCAAGCGAUCACGCUCUAUCACGUGUCCGAUGCCAGUGGAUCUCUCGAGAUAACACCCAUCGGCGAGCGGCCACUGAAGCAAAGCAUGCUUGACUCUAACGACUGCUACAUCCUGGAUACGGGUGCCGGCAGCAUCUACGUGUGGAUUGGCAAAGGAGCUACGGGCCAGGAGCGUUCCCAGGCGAUGGUGAAAGCGCAAGAGUUCAUCACUGCCAAGGGCUACCCGAUGCAUACGGCGGUACAUCGAGUGGUCGAGAACGGAGAGACAACCGAUUUCAAGCAGUUCUUCUCGAGCUGGCGCGACAAGGGAUUGAACCACGCGCAACUCAUCAAAACCGCCAUGGGUGACGGUGACGAAUCGGACGCGGACGCCGAGUUCGACCCGAAGGUUUUGCAUACGUUCAAGAAGAACGGUGGCCGUGCGCUAGGCUUCAUGCCAGACAAUGGUCAGGGUGCGGUUGAAGUUUGGCGCGUCCAAAAUUACGAUCUCGUACCCGUGGAACCGGACGCUUUCGGAAUGUUCUACUCCGGGGAUUCCUAUCUCGUGCGGUACGAGUACACGAUCAAGAGUGGCGGACAGGGUCACAUCAUCUACUACUGGCAGGGUAAAACGUCCUCCACGACCGAGAAAGGAGCCUCGGCAAUGCACGCCGUCCGCAUGGAUGACGAACUCAGCGGCAAAGCCAUUCUUGUACGCGCCGUGCAGGGCAACGAACCGCGCCAUUUCAUGAAGCUGUUCAAGGGCAGAAUGGUCACCUUCCUGGGUGAUCACGAUAAGCAGUCGGUGGAUGCAACGAAGUUGUUCCGCAUCCGUGGCACCUGCUCAGAAGACGUGCGCGCAGAGGAACUCGUCCCGAAUGCAGCCUCGCUGGCGUCGGACGAUGUGUUCCUGGUGAAGACACCGGCCACGGUUUACAUGUGGCUCGGUGCAGGAGCGUCUGAUCUGGAGAAGAACAUGGCCGCCAACGUCGUGGCUUUGGUUGCUCCAGACUCGAAUGUGGACGAGAUUGCAGAGGAAUCGGAACCAGCAGAGUUUUGGGACGCUCUCGGUGGUCAGGCUGAGUACGAUCGCGAGCUCGAUCCAGCUGGAGCUCCGUUCCUAUCACCACGCUUGUUCCACUGCCGUAUACUGUACAACAAGAAGCUGCGCGUGGAAGAAGUACCCCACUUCGAGCAGGAUGAUCUCAAUGUGGACGAUGUUAUGGUACUGGAUGGAGGCGAUGAGGUGUACUGCUGGAUUGGCAACGGAGCAACCGACGAGGAACGCACCAAAUCAACCGACAUGGCCCGUCAGUAUAUCCGUACCGACCCGUCGGAGCGCUCCGAGGAAACGGUCCCGAUCGUUACUCUCAAACAGGGCGCUGAACCGAGAAGCUUCAAGCGUUUGUUCCCCACGUGGGACGACGCGUUCUGGGAGUCACAAAUGUCAUACGAAGCGUUUAGGCAGCAGGCAUUGGACCAAAACCAGCAUGCUGCUUAGAUAUACAUCAACCAUCAUCCAUCAUUGUCCUACUUUCAAUGCAUUUGCACCUAUUUUCCCUAUACUACGAUUACUUACGUUUUUGAGUGAAU